AUGGCCUCCAUCACUAUCCGUCCAGCCACUGAAGAAGACCUCCCCUCUAUGCUAUCAGUCUACUUCUCCGCCUUUUCCCCCAGCCCCUUCUCCCAACGCUGCUUCCCGUCUACAUCACCAGAUGUCCAAGCCUGGACCGCCGACAAGCUCCGGUCCCAAAUCGGAACCCCGGACAAUCACGUCGUCAUCGCCGAGUCCGAGCCCGGCUCCGUCCUCGGCUGGGCCCGCUGGGUCCGCCGGCCCGCCGCUCCGUCCAAGAGGGCAAUCCUCUCCGAGUCUGACUACCCUUCCUCAGGAGACCCGGCCCUUGCUGUGCGUUUGUUCCAGGCCAAUGCCGACGCUACAUACAAGCACGCGGCGGGAGAGUCGUACUGGUUUCUGAGUACUAUCGCCACGGCCAAGGAAGCACAGCGACGUGGCGUUGGAUCGGCACUGAUGCAGUUUGGAGUUGAUAAGGCAGACGAGGAAGGAUGGAUGGCAUAUCUGAACAGCUCCCCUGAAGGUAAGGGGUUAUACAAAAAGUUUGGGUUUCAAGUUGUCGACGAGUCUGAGAUUCCAGAGCUCAAUAUCGUGCAGUAUCACAUGAAGAGAGCGGCAAAAUCAAGUUCAUGA